AUGUCCCGCUCCUGUCUCCUGUCCCGGUUAUGUCCCGGUCAUGUCCCGGUCAUGUCCCACUCUUGUCCCGGUUAUGUCCCGCUCCUGUCCCGGUCAUGUCCCGCUCUUGUCCUGGUCAUAUCCCGGUCAUGUCCCGCUCUUGUCCCGGUCAUGUCCCGCUCCUGUCCUGGUCAUGUCCCGCUCUUGUCCCGGUCUUGUCCUGGUCUUGUCCCGGUCAUGUCCCGCUCCUGUCUCCUGUCCCGGUUAUGUCCCGGUCAUGUCCCGGUCAUGUCCCACUCUUGUCCCGGUUAUGUCCCGCUCCUGUCCCGGUCAUGUCCCGCUCUUGUCCCGGUCAUAUCCCGGUCAUGUCCCGCUCUUGUCCCGGUCAUGUUCCGCUCCUGUCCCGGUCAUAUCCCAGUCAUGUCACGCUCUUGUCCCGGUCCUGUCCCGGUCCUGUCCCGCUCUUGUCCCGGUCAUGUCCCGCUCUUGUCCCGGUCAUGUCCCGGUCCUGUCCAGCUCUUGUCCCGGUCAUGUCCCGGUCAUGUCCCGGUCAUAUCCCGGUCAUGUCCCGCUCCUGUCCCAGUCAUGUCCCGCUCUUGUCCCGGUCAUGUCCCGCUCCUGUCCUGGUCAUGUCCCGCUCUUGUCCCGGUCAUGUCCCGCUCUUGUCCCGGUCAUGUCCCGCUCUUGUCCCGGACAUGUCCCGCUCUUGUCCCGGACAUGUCCCGCUCCUGUCUCGGUCAUGUCCCAGUCAUGUCCCGGUCAUGUCCCAGUAAUGUCCCGCUCCUGUCCCGGUCAUGUCCCGCUCCUGUCCCGGUUAUGUCCCGCUCCUGUCCCAGUCAUGUCCCGCUCCUGUCCCGGUCAUGUCCCGCUCCUGUCCCGGUCAUGUCCCACUCAUGUCCCGCUCCUGUCCCAGUCAUGUCCCACUCAUGUCCCGGUCAUGUCCCAGUGCUGCUGCUGCAGAGUAACAACAUCUCGUCCAUCAGCUCUGAGCUGCAGAGUCUGACCAACCUGACGGAGCUGGACCUGUCGCAGAACCACUUCACACAGGUGAGCUCUAUGGGGCUCGCCCCCCUCAGUAAGCUGGUGACUCUGUACCUGGAGGAGAACCACCUGCAGCAGCUGGAGGACUUCGGUCUGGUGGGUCUGAGCAGCCUGGAGGAGCUUUACAUCAACCACAACCAGCUGUGCUGCAUCGGGCCGCACGCCUUCUCCGGCCUGCACAGCCUGCUCAGGCUCCACCUGAACUCCAACCGCCUGGUUUCCAUCGACAGCCGCUGGUUUGAGUCGCUGCCGUCUCUGGAGAUCCUGAUGAUCGGGGAGAACCCCAUCCUGGGUCUGCAGGACAGGAACUUCCUGCCGCUGUCCCACCUGCACAGCCUGGUGCUGGCCGGGAUGGGGCUGGACGCCGUCCCGCCCGCAGCCUUCCAGGGCCUCGACUACCUGGAGAGCCUGUCCUUCUACGACAACCAGCUCAGGGCGGUGCCUCGGGACGCUCUGAGCGCGCUCCCCAACCUGAAGUUCCUGGAUCUGAACAGGAACCCGAUCAGCCGAGUCCAGCAGGGAGAUUUCCAGAACCUUCUGCACCUGGAGGAGCUCAGUCUGAACAACAUGGAGCAGCUGCUGCUGGUGGAGAGAGACGCUUUCCAGAACCUUCCAGAGCUCGUGAAGCUGGAGCUGAACAACAACCCCCGACUCUCCUACAUCCACCCACAGGCCUUCAGGUCAGUGGACUCCCUCCGCACUCUGCUCCUCCAUAACAACCAGCUGAGCUUCCUGUCCAAUCAGCUGCUGGCGUCGCUGCCGGCGCUGCAGGAGCUCUCUCUGCACUCCAACCCGCUGCGCUGCGACUGCCUGGCCAGCUGGGGGCCGCACCUCGGCAACCAAUCAGACCUCAAGCUUCUGGAGACGUCCGUCACCCUUUGCUCCUCCCCCCCGCACCUGGCCGGCCAGGAGCUGCAGGACGUGGUGUCUAUUGGCUGGGGGGCGAGCGUGGGCGGAGCCAACAGCUGCCUGCCGCACAUCUCGCCUCACGCCUUCCCGCCGGUGAUGAACGUCAGCGCCGGACAGCCAAUCACGUUGGAGUGUUGGGCCAACGCUGACCCCGCCCCCCAGUUCUACUGGGUGACACCCACUGGGGACAAGGUGAGCUCGGAGGCUGUGGCUGCACCAAUCAUAUCAGAGCAGGGGCGUGGCCUAACCAGGAAGAGGAAGAAGCACCGUGUGUCGGAGCCAGGAGCGCUGGUGAUCGAGCACGUGGAGCCGUCAGACGCAGGUCUGUAUACCUGUGUGGCCUGGAACAUGGAGGGCGCUGACACUAAGAGUGUGUCGGUGUUUGUGGACUCUCAGUCUGGUCCGGGGGGCCGUCAGGGAGGCGAGCCCGGCCACGUGCAGCCCUGGCUGGGCAACUCGUCCAGCGCUGCGGCCUCCCUGGUGGUGCUGGCCAAGGUGGUGCACGCCCAGUCAGUGGUGCUGGAGUGGAAGCUGUAUCCCAGUGGGGGAGCUUCGUCUCUGGGUCACAGCCAGCAGGAUUCCCCCCUCCCUCUGCCCCGCUGGACCAGCGCCACUGUGCACAUAGACAACCCUCAGAUCAGCUACACUGCCAAGGUUCCAGUGGACGUUCAGGAGUACAACCUGACUCACCUCCUCCCCGCCACCGAGUACCACGUCUGCCUCACCGUCUCCUCCUCCCCUCCCCUCUCCUCCUCCUCCUCCUCCCCUCCCACCACCUCCUCCUCUCCCUCGCCCACCCCUCCCUCCUCUUCCCCCUCCCCCGUCCACACCUCCUGCCUGAACGUCACCACGAAGGAGGCGGGCUUCUCGGUGGAGCUGGUGGCGUCGCGGCGCAGCGGCGUGGCGCUGGCGGCGGUGAUGGGCUCCAUGUUCGCUCUGUCCAUCAUGGCGCUGCUGGUGGUCUACAUGGGCCGGCGGGUGCGGCACAAGUCGUGCGGCCACUCGCUGAAGAAGUACAUGCAGCACGCCACCGCCAUCCCGCUGAACGAGCUGUACCCGCCGCUCAUCACGCUGUGGGAGAGCGAGGCCGAGAAGGAGAAGGAGGAGAAGGAGGAGGAGGGCAGGGAGGCACAGAGGGGGCAGGGGGUCGAGGAGGAGGGAGGAGCGGGGAGGCAGAUCGACACCUCCAAGACCUACAUGUGGUAG